AUGAAUGCAGAUGUGGAUGAAGAUGAGCACGAGUGUGAGCACGAAAAUAUGCACGUAGGUGUGGACAAGCAUGAGCACGAAUGUGAGGAUGAAGGCGAGGAUGACGACAGCAGACGGAAGUGCGUGUACGAGGGAGGUCAGGUAGGCUCAAUGGAUUCGGGCACAAGACCAAGCGCGGAUGUGGGUUCGGGACUGGAAAACGACGUGUAUUCUGUGGGCCUGACUGAACGACCAGGAGGGGAACCCGUACCCAAUAAAAGGAGAGAGGAUCAUGCCGACCAUCAUCAUGGAGAUGGCUCUGGCCCGAGUGUCCACGCAGUUCGCGAGCGCGCGAGGGCGAGCGAAGGGAAAGAACUAUAUGACGUGGAAACCGAGAAAGGUGAGAAAUAUUUGGGUUCCAGUAAUGCAGUGAACGAGGAGACCGACGCUGUCCAGAAUAAGAAGGCAGGAUUGAACGAUGACGCGAGCGACGGGAAGAGCAACAAUGUGGUCAAUAGAAAGACCGAUGGUGCGAACGACGAUGAAGACGAGAACGAAGACGAGGACGAGGACGAGUAUGUAGACGAAAAUGGUUUCGGGAACGAAGACGUAGACGAAGGCAAGAACGAAGACGAAAGUGAAGAAGAGAAUGAAGACCAGAAUGAACACGAGAAUGAAGACGAGAAUGAUGGCGAGAGCGAAGACGAGAACUUAGACCAGAAUGAAGAGGAAAGUGAGGACGAGAACAAAGACGAGGACGAAGACGAGAGCGAAGACAAGAAUGAAAACGAGAACGGAGACGAUAAUGAAGACGAGGAUGAAGGCAAGAGCGAGAACGAGAACGAAAACGAGAACGAAGGCGAGAGAGAAUAUCACGAGGGCAAGGACGAGGCCAAGGACGAAGGAAGCGCGGCUGGGGGCAAGGGCUAA